AUGGCACCUGAUGCCUCUGCAUCUCCAGUGCCAGUGGAGCACAGCUAUGCCACAGCUUCAGUGGUGUGCUCCACUGGCACUGAAGAUGCAGAGGCAGCAGGUGCCAUCUGCACAGGUACAGGGGUGACGGCAGGUCUUACUGCCACAGGAACAGCAGGCACUGCUAGCACUGGAGCUGUAGUGGAGGCUGGUGCCACUGGCACUGAAGCUGAGUUGGCAGCAGGCACUGCUGGCAAAAGAACAGGGGUGGCGCCAUGUGCAGCUGGCACUAAGCUGCAAGGACAGGCACCGCUGGAGCUGGUACUGGUACUGGAGCUGAUGCGGUUGGUGCCACUGAAGCUAGUACUGAAGCGGGGGCAGCAGGUGCUGCUGAAGCUGAGUAAAACCUGGACUGAAGCUCAGAGCUACUGCAGACAGACCUACACUGAUCUGGCCACCAUCAACAACAUGGACGAGAUGAAGAAGCUGAACGAGGCUCUGAAGGAUAAAGGUGGCGACUUUGUUUGGAUUGGUCUGAACAGAGGGAACACAAGGAAAUGGGGGUGGUCUCUGGGAGGUGGAAGUUUCUACAGUUUUGGAGACUCGUACCGGAACUGGGACAGUCGAGAACCAAAUAAUGCUGGGGGGAAUGAGUACUGUGGAGCGAUGUAUCGAGACAGCGGACAGUGGCUUGAUCACAGCUGUGAGACACUAAAUGCUUUUGUGUGUUUUAACGAAAAGAAUACAAGCACUGAGAGAUACGUAUUAAUUAAUGAGAGAAAGACCUGGCGUGAAGCUCAGAGCUACUGCAGAGAACAUCACACAGACCUGCCCAGUGUGAGGAACCAGACUGAGAACCAGGAGGUUCGGAGUGUGGCAAAAAAUGUUGGUGAUAUGAUCUGGUUCGGCCUGUUUAAUGACCCCUGGAAGUGGUCAGAAGAUCAGAAUAACUCCUCAUUUCGAUACUGGUCUCCCAACCAGCCAGAUAAUACUGAUAAAUGUGCUGCAGCAUCUGUAAAGGACCAGUCUCAGUGGUAUGAUGUGAACUGUAACACAUCAUUUCCUUUUAUCUGCUAUGAAAAUGAGCUGGUCUUGAUCCAGAAGAAACUGAGCUGGGCAGAAGCUCUGAGAUACUGCAGAGAGAAUCAUGUGGACCUGGUCUCAGUUCACUCUGAGGAGAUCCAGCUCUGGGUGAAGGAUGUGGCUCAGAAAGCCUCCACUGAUCAUGUGUGGCUGGGUCUGCGUCACACCUGCACUCAGGGAUUCUGGUUCUGGACAAGUGGGUUUACUGUCUGCUACCAGAACUGGGCUCCAGGUAACGGUGCAGAAGGUGAAGACUGCAGUCCUGUAGAGAGAACCGGAGCGGUGCAGGCUAGAGGAGAUCAGCAGUGGGUCAGCCUGCCUGAGAACCAGACUCUCAACUUCAUCUGCAUCAGUUAUGAGGGUUAG